CUCAAGAGUUACCGAAGUAUGCACUAAGUUUUGCACAUUAAUGCUUAACGAUGCACCUUGUGUGGAGCAAAUUGCUCUUCAUGAUCCGACGGAAUCAGUGGGCAAAUGGACAGCAACAGUUGCGGCUCAACGUGGAAUGGAUCCGCGUGCAACCGAAGUUGUUGAUGCACAGUCCGGUGCAACGAUUGACCCAGCUCGACAAGCUAUCGAUGCAUUAAAUAAUCGAUGUGUGCGUCUGUUACCUGUGCUGCUUUUUGCCGCCGAAAUAAUGGUGCCAAAUGCUUCAAAUAAAACGGGUACAUCAAAUUCAAGAAUUGUACUAUUGCGAGCCCGACAUGGUCUUUCAUUGAAUGCUGUGUUAAGGCCGGUUUUGGCUAAAUAUUUAAUUGAUUAUGAUUCAUGUGUUGUCGUUCUUCCAAGUUCCUUCGAUGCUGUUAGCUGGCAGACAACCGUUGGUACAAUACGACAGCGAUUUGUUUUAGUGAUGACUCAGCAACAAUAUCAAGAAAGAAGGCAUUCACCGAAACGUGAAAUUGCUAAGGAAUUUCAUUCAACAUACUUUUCAACGCCAGCAAUGAAUUUACCUUUCUAUCAGCAUGGCGAUGUUGCGUUUGUUGAAUUACCAGCCGAUUUCGAUUUACGUACAGGCAAAACGAAUGCAACGCGUUCUUACUCCAAUGCUAAGACUGAUCAUACGUCUGGUUUGUUGAAAUUUGUUCGGAAAGCAAGUCAAGCAGUAACAAAUCGUGAAUCAUCAUCAUCCAAUACUACUGGACCCUCAUCAUUGUUGCAUCAACAGCAUGCUACAUCCCAACAACAACAGCGACAACAUUC